GACGCGGCCGCGGGCUGCAGCCCCACGGCGAGCGGCCCUCCGCCGGCGCCCGCCACGGGGAAGGCUCCCGCAGCGCAGGGCGACGCCGCCCGCCGCGCGCGGGGCGGCGAGCGCGGCGCCGGCGGGGCGCUUGGGCCGCCCCGCUUCCGCCUGGCGGGCUGCCUCCGCCCCGCGGGGCCGGGCUGGUGCCGCGGCGCGGCCGCCGCGAAGCCGGCAGCGCCGGGGCCCGGUACGGUGGGGGCGCUCGCCAAGGAUAGCGCGCAUGAGGCCUAA